AAUUUUGUUUCGUUCUGCAACGUCAUCACCCAGCGCCCAUUCAGCGGGACUGUCGCGGCAUUUGAAACAUCUACAUCUAUAUCGGUACAAUACGGUUACUUUACACCGAAGUUACCGUCGUUAGAGUGAACUGAAAUGAUCGAUAUGAUCGAGAAAGAGGACCCGGUCAUCAGCGAGGAGGAGGCGGCACAGUAUGACCGCCAGAUUCGAUUGUGGGGGCUGGAUGCCCAGAAGAGGUUGCGAGGGUCCCGUGUGCUCCUGGCAGGUUUAAGUGGUCUCGGUGCUGAAGUGGCCAAAAACCUUAUCCUGGCUGGAGUUAAAGGACUCACUUUGCUGGAUCACGAACAGGUGUCAGAGGAGUCAUGUCGAGCUCAGUUCCUGGUCCCGGUGACAGCGCAGGGUCAAAAUCGGGCUCAGGCCUCUCUGGAGCGAGCACAGAACCUCAACCCAAUGGUUGAGGUCCACGCCGACCCAGGCAGAGUCGAAGACAAACCAGAUGACUUCUUUCUGCAAUUUGAUGCGGUGUGUCUGACAGGCUGCUCCAGAGACCUGAUGGUGCGGGUCGACCAGCUCUGUUCUCAGCGCAACAUCAAGGUCUUCUGUGGGGACGUCUAUGGUUACUAUGGUUACAUGUUCUGCAACCUCGGACGGGAACACAACUAUGUCGAGGAGAAACUGAAAGUAGUGAAACCGACUGGAGAGUCUAACAAUGGGCCAGAGGCAAAGAAAGCUAAGGUUGACCCCAGCGAGACCACCAUGGUGAAAAAGACGGCCAGUUUCUGCACUCUGAAGGAGGCUCUGGAGGUUGACUGGACAAGUGAGAAGGCCAAAGCUGGUCUGAAGCGAACACCAGUGGACUACUUCCUGCUUCACGUUCUGUUGAAGUUUCGCACAGACAAGGGCCGUGACCCCGACCCACAGUCGUUUGCGGGAGACAGCCAGCUCCUGAGACAGAUCCGUGAUGACGUCCUCGAGGCCUUGGCAGUCAGCAGUGACCUCCUGAACGAUGACUUCAUCAGCUACUGCUUCUCUGAGAUGUCUCCAGUGUGCGCUGUCAUGGGAGGAGUUCUGGGACAGGAAAUUGUCAAGGCUCUCUCCCAAAGAGACGCUCCUCACCGGAACUUCUUCUUCUUCGAUGGUCGUAAAGGCAACGGCGUGGUCGACUACUUUGGACCAAACUAAACACCUGUCACACCUGUGCACAGGACAGUUUUACACGCAAAUACAAGUCCAACAAAUUUCUGUCUCUUUUUUAGUUUGUUCUGUGAGAUUAUUUAUAUCAGUACUUGCUCCACUAGUCAUAAAAUUCAUCUGUUGUUCGUGUUUAUUUUGUCAUUUGAUCGAUUUUCCCGCAAAAUCAGACACUUUCUUGAGCACACAAUGGGAUUUUCUUACAUUUGCUAAUAAAACAUUGUUUAGUAAAAGGA